AUGUCACGCUAUUCCGCGGGCUUCGCAGACUUCUUUCCCACCGCCCCGUCAGUUAUCCAACAGAAACGAUUCAAAACCACUAAAGAGCGACAACGGUCAAGAUCCCAUUUCGACAGAGAGCAUGUCGACGAAGAACACAUAAUCUCGCCCGGAACCAAGGCCAUUGAAGAAGCAGUCAGCAGAGAUGUCCUGCUGAAUUCAACACCAGGGUCUCAAACAGACCUGAAGAAAUCACGUAAGGAGGCCAUGGGAAUUGUUUUGGCGAGUCCUGGGGAGGCGAAUACCCCAGUCAACAACCCUCCUGGGCCCGGAACAGGAUCUUCGAAUGAAACCCUGGACACGCUUACGCCGCUGACAAACGCGGAGUUGUCACCGCAUAACAAGCCAAGUCCACCGCAAGCGAAAGUACCCAAUGGGUCUGUGGGUGAUUUCUUCAGAGAACCAAGGACUGACGACGCAAAGAACACAAUGACUCCGCUCCAUACGCCGCUAACACCCUCGCCGCAGUCACAAGCCCAUCGCGCUGAAAUAGUCAAGGGCUGGAAGCUGGUACACGACCCCGAUAAAGCUCCGUCCUCUAAGGAUAAACGGAGGAAGCCAUGCUAUGCGGAUAUUGUUACAGGCGGGCAGGAUACAAUUCUGCCGGACCCUCGUUUGACUAUACAAAACUAUACGCGCGGUGCUGGAUGCAGGCAGAAGACAAAGUAUCGACCAGCUCCGUACUCGCUGAAGCAUUGGCCCUACGAUCCGGCAAGUACAGUAGGACCUGGUCCUCCUGUACAGAUCGUCAUUACCGGCUUUGAUCCAUUGACGACUCUCGCGCCAAUCAAUGCCCUAUUCUCAAGCUUCGGCGAUAUUUUAGAAAUCAAUAACCGCACAGACCCCAUAACAGGCAGGUUUCUCGGGAUAUGCUCCGUUAAAUAUAAGGACAGCGCUUCGUUUCAUGGAAGCGGGCCCGUAUCCGCGCCGGUCGCAGCCAAACGCGCAUAUUACGAAUGCAAGAAGGGACAGAGAAUUGGCAACAAUCGCAUAAGAGUUGAAUUGGACCGCGAUGGUCAAAUUUCCGGAAAACUAACAUCGAAGGCGAUUGAGGCACAGAGAAUGGGUUCAAAAAUCGAUCCACCAGUCGCGGAUGAACCCAAAAUGGAGGAACAUGUGAACACGAACGAACCUCCCCCAACGGCCCCGAAGGGUCCUUCCGGGAAAUCUUCCAUUCGACCCUUAGCUGCGAUUCCUGAAGGUCCAAAGGCAACAUUUUUGAAGCCGGCAAUGCCAUCAUUGAUCGAAGAAACUCCCAUAUUGAACCAGAUAAAGCGCGAUCCCUAUAUAUUCAUCGCACAUUGCUAUGUGCCUGUUCUAAGCUCGACUCUGCCGCACUUGAAAAAGCGGCUCAAAGUGUUUGGUUGGAAGGAUAUUCGGUGCGACAAAACUGGGUACUAUAUCCUAUUUGAGAAUUCUCGACGUGGUGAAGAGGAAACGGAACGUUGUUACAAGUUCUGCCAUAUGAAACCUUUAUUCACGUAUAUCAUGAACAUGGAAAGCCAACCUUACGGUAAUCCGCACUAUGAACGCAGCCCCAGCCCCGAGCGACUGAAGCAAGAACAGCGACAAAAAGCAGAGGCUGAGAGACUGAGGAGGGAGAGAGAAUUGGACAUCGAGGAAGAAAAGAAGCAACGAGCCCUUAAUUUCGACCCGUGUACUGAAGUACUAACCAUUAUAAUGAAGGAUUUAAGGGACAAGCUACUCGAGGACGUCAAGUCUCGUAUUGCGGGCCCGGCCUUAUACGACUACCUCGACCCAGAAAGACACGCGUUGAGAAGGAAACAACUAGGAAUAGCUGAUCCCGAAGGCAUUAAGCGACCGAUAUUUCGUCUUGACUUUGACAGCCGGGAUAGUACGCCUGACCCUCAUUCCAAGCUAUCCACUAACCGGCAUCCAUUCGGCGUAUCUGGUCUAAAUAUUCUCUCCCUUCCCCGAAUCCGGAAGUCCCAGCACCUUGACCGCACAGAUGCUGCUUUCUUAGACGAGAGACGAAAGCAACCUCUGCGGAGGAAAGACGUUCGACCUCUCUAUCAUAGGCUGCAACAGCUACAUGAUGCGGAAGAUUCGGAUGAUGAACAGCAUACGCCACUUUCCCGAGACACCGAUGAUCAAGACAGUCGGCCUCCAAGCCGAAUGAGUUCGGGCACUGAAUCGGAUGAUGCUGAUGAAGAGGCAAAUGGAACAUUAAACCAUACAGCAGAAAAUGACGGUUCAGGCUCACAACAUCACGGGGCCGGAGACUCGGAAGCUGAAUUUCAGGAGUACUCGCCGUCGCGUAAGAGAAAAAGAUUGAGUGAAAGUCUUGACCAACGGAAAAAACAAAAGGAAGAUGGCAACUUCGCUGACGUUGGUGAGGAUGCGCAGGGGGGUGACAUAUCUAUGCCAUUGGAAACCAUUAAGAAUGGCAUCAUCGCCGACAAGAUCUCCGAUUCCAAUGAGACAGAUGAUAAAGCUUUGUUGGAAGGAUUGGGUAAAGACAAUAAUUUCCCGGGAGAUUACGGCAUCGAAACUUCAGAUCACGAUUUUGCGCAUUCAUCCACUGGGAAUUUGGUCGAUGAGACCGGACGCCAUGAGGGGGUCAGGUUGGAAGUCGAUUGGAGAGUAUCCCAUGACGAACCUCGGCCGAUUGUCUACGAUGACGAUUCAAUUAUCCUGGAUCUCGAUGGUUGGCAGAACUUAAUAAAGGAUGAAGAGGAUCUCCAAUUCCUUCGCAACGUUCUGAAAGGGCAGUCGAGAUCUAUUGUUGGUAAUUUACCGGCUUGGGCCUGGAGGCAAAAAGAAAUAAAAGCUCUCAAUCACCCCGGUGAUCUUGGGCCUACGCGCCAACCUGCUGACAUCGAUGGCUACUACGUUCCAAAUAUCACAGGAGCCGCACGGACCGAAGGACGAAAGAGAAUUCUUGAAUCAGAAAAAUCCAAGUAUCUUCCUCAUCGUAUCAAGGUCCAGAAAGCCCGUGAAGAGCGCGAGGCGAAUGCCAAGAAUGAUCCUCAAAAUGCUGCUGCUGAGGCAGCUCGGAUUGCCGCAGCAAAAACAAUCUCCAAAUCAACCUCUCGGUCCACAAGAGUCAACAACCGGAGGCUUAUCGCGGAUAUUAAUGCUCAAAAGCAAGCCCUUCCAGCGCAAAGCGGCGACAGUGAUGUCCUUCGAUUUAAUCAAUUGAAAAAGCGAAAGAAACCUGUGCGCUUCGCACGGUCAGCUAUUCAUAAUUGGGGUCUUUAUGCUGAAGUCAAUAUCUCUGCGAAUGAGAUGAUUAUCGAAUACGUAGGGGAGAAAGUACGACAACAGGUCGCUGAUAUGAGGGAACGGCGUUACUUGAAAAGCGGCAUUGGCAGUAGCUACCUCUUCCGCAUUGAUGAAAACACUGUCAUCGAUGCGACAAAAAGAGGCGGUAUCGCUAGGUUCAUUAACCAUAGCUGUACGCCCAACUGCACAGCCAAAAUAAUCAAGGUCGAUGGGAGCAAACGAAUUGUUAUUUACGCGUUAAGGGAUAUUGAAAGAGACGAAGAGUUGACUUACGACUACAAGUUCGAAAGGGAAUGGGAUAGUGAUGAUAGAAUCCCUUGUCUUUGCGGUUCGGCUGGAUGCAAAGGAUUUCUUAAUUGA